AGCGUGACGUAUCAUCAGCUGACAGCUGUCGCAGAAGUCGAAUCUUUCCGUCGACCUUCGUCUCGGUGAACCAGUCCCCUUUCAGCCGCAGAGCGCAGCUCCUGUCCACGCUAUGGCGAGUCAGUCUCAGGGUAUCCAGCAGCUGCUGCAGGCCGAGAAGAGAGCGGCCGAGAAGGUGGCGGAAGCCCGUAAACGUAAGAACCGGCGUCUGAAGCAGGCGAAGGAGGAAGCACAGGCUGAGAUCGAGCAGUAUCGUCUGCAGAGAGAGAAGGAGUUCAAGACCAAGGAGGCUGCUGCCCUUGGUUCCCAUGGUAACAGUGCGGUGGAGGUCGACCGUGACACAGUGGAGCGGAUGGGUCGUAUCCAGGCGAGUUACCGCGGUAACCGGGAGGCGGUGCUGGGCGAGCUGCUGCGACGCGUCUGCGACAUCCACCCGGAGUUCCACGCUAACUACCGCGUGGCUGGCUGAGGGGGGGCAGGGGGAGUGGCCAUGAGGUACCUGGGAGGGUUCCAGAUUGAAGGGGGGCGGAGCAAAACGGGAGACAUGGAUGUUGGCAACACGAGUGACCAAAUACGAGACAAAUAUUUAUUGUGGAAGCGUUUUCCUGUUCCGAGCUUAAAUAAAUGUUGUGUUACUGUGUUGAUGUUUACAGAUCUAAAUAUCAAAAUUAAUAUUUGUUUGUUUGUUUUUGUUAAAUCUUUAACACGUCACUGUAUCUUUGUCAGGACAGAGAAUCAAGCAACAGGUUUUACGUUAGAUUCAAGACUUAAGUCGUACAUGACAUCAUCUUAGACGA